AUGGCACCAUAUGAGGCGCUUUAUGGGAGGCCAUGCAAAACACCUUUGUGCUGGACCGAAGUUGGAGAAAGAAGAGAGUUCGGACCCAAAAUUGUGUCAGCUCAGAAAGGAAAAGAUCGAUUCGGGAAAGUCGGGAAACUAGCGGUAAGAUUCAUCGGACCUUAUCAGAUUAUAGAACGAAUCGGAGAGGUAGCUUAUCGUCUCAACCUACCUGAAGAAAUGAGGAUACAUCCGGUGUUUCAUGUAUCAAUGCUACGGAAACAUGUUCAUGAUCCCAAAGCUAUUGAGAUGGAGCAAAUCGAAAACCUGCAAACAAACCUCACUUAUCCAGAGGGGCCGAUCCGAGUAGGUGAACGUCGAAUACGGAAACUAAAGAACCGAGAGAUUCCUCAAGUCCAAGUCUUCUGGGGUAAGCGAAACCGUGUGGUCGUGACCUGGGAGGAUGAGUCGAGAUUCAAAGCAUCGCAUCCAGAGUUCUUCCAUGAAUAUGUAGUGAUGGAAGAGGGGGAUCCAUCGAAACCCUAG